AUGGCUCCUAAUAUCAUAACGACCUGCUUCGAUGCUCGAUUGCUCCGCGGCCUAGUAGGCACUACGGUCACCACAUAUGACCUAGUAUAUGACCCUGUCUCAGACGGCGAGUCACCUGAAUCUACCUCCCGGACGUGGGUCAUCACUGAGAAACUCUCGGAGAGGGCAGCUCCUCUGACAGAUCACGAUGUCAGAAUGGACUGCGGGUCUCCUCAAACUGUUGGCAAGUUUCUGUGCCACCUUGCAGAGGGCCCAAGCAGAUGGCGUUCAUGCGAGCUGUGUGGUGAGCUGGAGACCUUUAAACUCUUGCAAAGUGGAGGCUGUAGUGCUGUUCCUCGCUUCCUUGGCCACGCAGAAAGAAUACAAGGAGAGGACGGCCUCCUUCCUGGCGGCUAUGUUAGAUACCUUGUGUGGGAAAAGGUCCCUGGUGAGCCUCUGACAGAGGAAUUCUUCUGGGAUUUGGAUGACACCGCACGCAAAGACAUCCGUUCUAAGUUCCGUGCCGCAUAUAAGUAA